AUGGAGACUUUCACUACCUCCCUUCUUCGACAGCAAGAGCUUAUGACAAAGCAAUUUGAGCUACAAGCAAAGCAAAAUGAACACUUUGAAAGCUCAAUUCAAUUGCUUAUGGCUCAAAAUAAGAGGAUAGAAACCCACCUUUCUCAACUUUCACAACAAGUGAGUCAUUUAUCAACUCUUCAUGAUCAAGCAAAAGUCCAAAAGGAACAAUGCAAUGCAGUUUUCUUGAGAAGCGAUGAAUUAUUUCCGAGGAAAAUAGAUGAGAAAGUGUGCAGUGUGGAGUCAAGAAAAGAUGAACAGGGUGAGGAUGUAAAAAGUCUCAAAUAUGUCGCUCCAUCGGCCUAUGAAGAACCAAUGCCCUUCCCCCAAAGGUUGUCAAGGGCUGUGCUCGAUAAACAUUUUGGGAAAUACAGCGAAGCUCUUAAGAAGGUACACGUUUCUAUUCCUUUUUCCGAUCUUUUAAUUCAAAUGCCUCAAUUUGCAAAUUUUGUGAAGGAUAUUAAAGAUCAACAUGAGGAUAUGGAAGUACUAAAUGAGAAAGGCUCUACUCUUUUAUGUGACAACCUACCACCUAAGCUGCAUGAUCCUGGUAGUUUCACUAUUCCCUGUAUGAUAAACGAAAAAAAUUUCGACAAGGUUUUGUGUGAUUUAGGUGCUAGUGUUAAUUUAAUGCCUUAUUCAUUAUAUGAGAAUUUAGGUUUGCAAAAACUUAAACCUUCCCCUAUUUCUCUUCAAAUGGCUGAUAGGACUUCUAGACUCCCUAAGGGUGUGGUUGAGGAUGUAUUAGUUAAGGUUGGUGAACUUGUUUUUCCUGUUGAUUUUGUUGUUAUGGACAUGAAAGAAGACCAUAAGAUUCCGAUUAUAUUCGGUCGUCCAUUCCUUGCCACAAGUCAAGCUCUAAUAGAUGUUCCUAAAGCACAAGUGACCAUUAGGGCCCGGAAUAAACAAGUCAUGUUUAAGCUCUUUAAUGAACAUAAUUUUAUAUUUGAUGGUGGUACUUGUUUAAGAAUUGAUACUACUAACCCUUUGGUUGAUAAGUGUGUAUUUGGUAGAAAUUUUGUGAGAAACGAGGACAAAAUUCCACCCAAUGAUGUGUUUAGCUACAUGAAGGUAAGUUUGGAUACAAAGCAUGUCAAAUAUAAAGUGAAGGAGUCACUUGGAGGUAGAUAUUUUCAUGGGCAACAUCGCGGAGUUCCUUCUUCGUGUGGUGACCCAGGUUGA